UUACUGGAUCCACAGUGAUGAAUGUGACCACAACUUCGGCAUUUGCUAAUCUAACUGGACUAAUACCCGGAAGCAUGUAUACCCUCCAAGUUGUGGCCUUGGCUGAGGACAAUAUGACUGAAGGAGAUGCAGUGGCAGUCACGGGAUUCACAAAGCCUGAUAAGGUGUACAAUUUGACGAUCAGUAAUAUCUCCACUAGCUCACUUUCUCUCAGCUGGACACCACCAAAUGGCAACGCUGGAAGCUACAGAGUUGACGUUACUGGAUCCACAGUGAUGAAUGUGACCACAACUUCGGCAUUUGCUAAUCUAACUGGACUAAUACCCGGAAGCAUGUAUACCCUCCAAGUUGUGGCCUUGGCUGAGGACAAUAUGACUGAAGGAGAUGCAGUGGCAGUCACGGGAUUCACAAAGCCUGAUAAGGUGUACAAUUUGACGAUCAGUAAUAUCUCCACUAGCUCACUUUCUCUCAGCUGGACACCACCAAAUGGCAACGUUGGAAGCUACAGAGUUGACGUUACUGGAUCCACAGUGAUGAAUGUGACCACAACUUCGGCAUUUGCUAAUCUAACUGGACUAAUACCCGGAAGCAUGUAUACCCUCCAAGUUGUGGCCUUGGCUGAGGACAAUAUGACUGAAGGAGAUGCAGUGGCAGUCACGGGAUUCACAAGUGAGCACACCUAUCAUCUGCUACCUGUAGAUAUUUCAGUUGAAUCUAUAAUGUCCAAAAAACGGUGGUAAUCUUCCCAGUCGCUU